GUUUUGAAUCGACUGAGGUACCGAUCUUGAAAUUUCACUGCAAAAAAUCACCAAGUUCUCGAAGGACAGAACACCACCCAUCACAAAUUAUUACCUAAUUUUCUCAGGAGAGCAGCAGCUGAAACGGGCAAGAGCCCAUUCACAAUAAAAUGGGAAUGCAACAAAAUUUGGGGACAAGGAGGAGAGAGAGAGAGAGAAUGGGGAGCUUGGCAGCAGGAGUUCAGUUCAAUCACAUAGCGAGGGAUUCGGAUGACAUCAACCGCCUGGCCCAAUUCUACCAGGAGAUUCUGGGGUUUGAAAGAGUUGACAGCCCAAAAUUCAGUGGGUUCGAGGUGGUAUGGCUGAGGCUGAAACCGUCCUUCUUUUUGCACAUCAUAGAGAGAAAGCCAGGGACUAAGCUGCCGGUGAGCUCCUCCGACGAUGUAUGUAGGGAUCCCAGCAUCCUCUCUAGAAGUCAUCACCUCGCCUUUUCUGUCUCCAACUUCGAUUCCUUUGUUGAAGGCCUCAAGGAAAAAGGAAUUCGGUUCUCUGAAAUGGUCUCGCCUAAUGGUCGAACUCGACAGGUCUUCUUCUUUGAUCCAGAUGGCAAUGGUGUAGAAGUUACUACGGGAGCUAUGGAGUGAAAAAGUUUUGUUCAGGAAUUCUGGAGUUAAUAAUAGUCUGAACCUCUACUUGAAUUUUAAGAGUUCCUUCACCCAAACUUACAGCUCUGCAGUUAAUGGUUUUAGUUAUUGCUAGAGUGUCAGUCUGAAUCAGGAUAUUCCAAAAGAAAUAGUUGUGAUCGGCCUAGUUUUGCAUGUGAACAAUAUACGGUAAGUGCAUUAAAAUAAAAGUACCAGGUAAAUAAAAGUCAAGCAAAGCAAAAAAUUUGUGGUUC